AUGUCGACUACCGUGGAAAAGAUCAAGGAGAUUGAGUCCGAGAUGGCAAGGACGCAGAAGAACAAGGCAACGUCCUUCCAUCUCGGACAGCUGAAGGCCAAGCUUGCCAAACUUAAGCGCGAGCUCCUCACGCCGAGCGGAGGAGGCGGCGGCGGCGGCUCAGGUUUCGACGUCGCGAGAACGGGCGUCGCUAGUAUCGGGUUCAUUGGGUUCCCGUCCGUGGGGAAGAGCACGCUCAUGAGCCGGUUGACAGGGCAGCAUUCCGAGGCGGCUGCGUAUGAGUUUACCACCUUGACGUCAGUGCCCGGACAGGUUGUUUAUAAUGGCGCACCGCUGCAAAUCAUCGAUUUGCCUGGUAUCAUUGAGGGUGCCAAAGACGGCCGCGGUCGAGGGCGACAGGUCAUUGCUGUGGCCAAAACAUGCCACCUCAUCUUCAUCGUUCUUGAUGUCAACAAGCCUCUCACAGACAAGCGUGUCAUCGAGGCCGAGCUGGAGGGGUUCGGGAUCCGAAUAAACAAGGAGCCGCCAAACAUCACGUUCAAGAAGAAGGACAAGGGUGGCCUGAAUAUUACAAGCACGGUGCCCCUGACACAUAUCGAUAACGACGAAAUCAAGGCUGUCAUGAGCGAAUACAAAAUCAACUCUGCGGAUAUUACGAUCCGCUGCGAUGCUACCGUGGACGACCUGAUUGAUAUCCUCGAGGCCAAGAGUCGAGCUUACAUCCCUGUGGUAUAUUGCCUGAACAAGAUCGAUGCCAUCUCCAUCGAAGAACUUGAUCUUCUCUAUCGCAUUCCCAACGCCGUCCCUAUUAGCUCUGAACAUGGCUGGAACAUCGAUGAGUUAAUGGAACUCAUGUGGGAGAAACUCAAUCUGAAGCGCGUCUAUACAAAACCCAAGGGUAGACAACCUGAUUACUCUGCACCCGUGGUAUUACGAUCGAACCGAUCUACCGUUGAGGAUUUUGUACGUCUUUUCUCUACCCGGCUUUUUUCGUACGAGAUAUGA